AAAAAAAAAAGGUCAACGUGAACUGCAGAGUGAGCUUAGAUGUUCCCAAAUUCGUUCAUAAACCCUAAAUUCAAUUUUCCCGAUUUAUCCCCAGCAAUUGUGUGAUAUCUUCUCAAUUCUCAUCUUUAUCUUCCUCCUUACACAGUAAAAAAAAUACGUUGUCUGAUUACUACUUACACUUUUUCUCAAAUCUAUCGCUACGAUUCCUUCUCUCAUAAAGCCUCCCAAAAUCAAUCAUAGACAAUCUCAUUAACAGUUUUGUGUUGAUCUCUAACUCCAUCGUCUUAGGAGUAAUUAAGUGAAAGAACCCAAAUUCGUUUGUCAUAGAAACCACAAUUUCGAGGGAUCCACGCACUUUCACAGUUUGCUACACUUUCAAAACAAGCCCUGGUCUUUGAAAUUGGUGAAAAUGAGUAGAUAUCUAGCAAGAUAUAUGGUGUCUAGAUACUUCUCUUCUGCUUCUUCCCGUCCUUUACACGUUUGCAUCGUCGGAAGUGGACCUGCUGGUUUCUAUACUGCUGACAAGGUAUUGAAGGCGCAUGAAGGAGCGCAUGUAGAUAUAAUCGAUCGAUUACCUACACCUUUUGGACUUGUUCGGUCUGGUGUUGCCCCUGAUCAUCCUGAAACUAAGAUUGCCAUUAAUCAGUUCUCACGUGUCGCACAACACGAGCGUUGUUCGUUUAUUGGGAAUGUAAAGCUGGGAUCGGAUUUAUCACUUUCUGAGCUGCGGGAUUUGUAUCAUGUGGUUGUGCUUGCAUAUGGUGCUGAAAGUGACAAAGAUCUUGGCAUUCCAGAGUUUGAGUGGUAUAUACUCUGCAAGAGAAUUCGUCUGGUGGUAUAAUGGGCAUCCUGACUACAGUAGUUUGAAACCUGACUUGAAAACGUCUGACUCAGCUGUCAUUCUUGGCCAGGGUAAUGUAGCUCUAGAUGUUGCUCGGAUUCUCUUAAGACCGACAACAGAGUUGGCGUCAACUGAUAUUGCUACACAUGCUUUAUCUGCGCUGAAAGAAAGUUCUAUAAGGAAGGUGUAUCUCAUCGGAAGACGGGGGCCAGUUCAAGCAGCAUUGACUGCUAAAGAGCUUCGAGAAGUUCUCGGGAUUAAGAACUUGCACAUUCGAAUAAAGCAGACUGACUUGAGUGUAACUCCUGCUGAUGAGGAAGAAAUGAAAACUAGUAGAGCCAGGAAGAGGAUCUAUGAAUUAUUGUCCAAGGCUGCAGCAGCAGCAAAAACAUCCGAAGCAGACCCUGAUCAACGAGAGCUGCACUUUGUUUUCUUCCGCCAACCUGACCAGUUCUUAGAGUCAGAUGAAAGAAAGGGACAUGUUUCCGGUGUAAACUUGCAAAAAACCAUUCUUGAAAGUGUUGGAACCGGAAAGCAAAUUGCAGUUGGUACAGGAGAGUUCGAGGAUCUUAACUGCAGUAUGGUGCUGAAGGCCAUUGGUUACAAGUCUGUUCCAGUCAAUGGUUUACCAUUUGAUCACAAGAAAGGUGGUAUAAUAUGAAAGUGUUGUGUAAUUAGUGUCUACGAAGAAAAAAAAAUGAAGUUGUUCGGAUUUUUUUGACUCUGCCUCAAUUGUUUGUUUCAAGGUGUUGUCCCAAAUGUAAAGGGUCGAGUGGUUAGUCACACGUCAGGAGACAUAUCACAGACUGAACCUGGCUUAUACGUAUGUGGGUGGCUCAAAAGAGGACCAGUAGGGAUAAUUGCCACAAACCUCUACUGUGCUGAAGAAACGGUAAGCAACAAGCUUGUCGACCCUGAAAAUAGAACUGAUGUUCUUUAACUAGGAGAUAUGUGUUUGUUGCAGGUUGGUAGCAUAAGCGAGGACAUUGAAGAAGGUGUUUGGAAGAGCUCAAAAGCAGGAAGCAAAGGACUGAUGCAAUUGCUGGAGAAGAGAAAAGUGAAGAAGGUGGAGUUUAGUGGGUGGGAGAAGAUUGAUGCCAAAGAAAAACAAAUGGGGAUUGAGAGAAACAAGCCCAGAGAAAAAUUAGUCACUUGGGAGGAUCUAUUAGCAGCAGCAGCCAACUAGGGCCAUAUUUUUUUUCAAUUAAUAAAAUUAAUGAUAGUCUUCUUCUUUUUUUCUUUGGGUCCAGAGAAUCAAUGAUUUAGUCUAGUAGACGGAAAAAAUAUUACUUUCCAUUUGUUAUUCUUUUCAAAUACAAAUCCAUAUUAUCUUACAUAUUAAUGUGGGAUUAUUAUGCUAGUUAAAAGUUAAUCCUAAUCUAAACAGUAAACAAUUUACUUAGAUGUUAAAGAUUUGUAUAUUUGUCAUGCAAAUGUAGAUGUAUUUUUAAUGUAAAAUUAAUGCUUAGUUUUCUAAU